GUUUUGCGGCGUUUGGAUAAAGUUUUUGGAAGUUUGACAAUUUUUGAGGAAUUUAAUCAACAAUUUUGAUCUGUCGAAGCUAACAUUACGUUGUUGCUGUCUGUAGUGACAACAUAAAUCAUAAGAACUUAAAGGAAUAUCUCAUAAAGUAGCCAAAAUGUCAGUAACCAUCCAUACAGACGUUGGUGACAUCAAACUUGAAGUUUUUUGUGAAGAUACUCCAAAAGCAGCUGAAAACUUCCUCGCACUAUGUGCUUCAGACUAUUACAAUGGCUGUGUUUUUAUCAGAAAUAUUAAAGGAUUUAUUGUACAAACUGGAGAUCCAACAAACACUGGAAAAGGUGGAAAGUCAAUUUGGGGAGAAAAGUUUGAGGAUGAAUUUAAGGAUAAUGUGAGACACAAUGAGCGAGGAAUGGUGUCAUUUGCUAAUAGUGGACCGAAUAGUAAUCAGUCACAGUUCUUCUUUACUUACUCAUCACAACCUGCUCUGGAUUUAAAAUAUACUGUGUUUGCAAAAGUUAUUGAUGGAUUUGAUGUACUGGAUGAACUUGAGAAGCUAACAGUGAAUCCAAAGACUUAUCGACCGUUGGUGGAAAAAAGAAUUAAUCAUGUGACAAUUCAUGCGAAUCCGUUAGCUUAACAAUCUGUAAUGUUAAUUUUUUUAUAAUAAAAUAAAACCGUUUUUUCAUCAAAAUAAUAAAA